ACAACUUUUGAAUCAAGUAUAAAAAUGGCUCAACGUAGACGACAAUUGAUUAUUGAUUUAAAUAAUUACGAGCUUCCGGCCACAAUAACGCGGCUAGAUACGGUUCGCGAAAAGUUGAUCCGGGAACUUUCUCAGCAAUAUCCCGAUCUUUCCAAUGUAACUUCAAAGGAACUCUCAUUAUUUCUUGGUCACUUUCAAAAGUUUCAGGAAGAUGCUUUAGGACGUUUAGCUCCACGAUUCGAUAAGAGUCCCCCUAAAAUCCCUGCAAAACUAUUUAAAUUGGAACCACCGCCUGGUCAUAACUCACCGAUCUAUCAUAUUAUUCGUGCAGCAUAUAAAUUUCGUGGACAAAAAAAAUGGAAACGUUGGGAUUGGGAGAUCAGAAAUCACUUGGAAUCUAAAGGAUUGAUCAAAAAACCUAUGAUAUUACUUGGAGAAUCUGUGGCAGGGGGUACACAUAGACAAGAACUAAUCGAGCAUAUAAAUAAUUUGGGAGCGACACAUAUUAUACAUGCUACAAAUGAGCAUAAUUAUGAUGCAGACGAAGAAUGGUACAGAUCUUUAGAAAAAAAGGAUGGUAAAGUUUUGUUACAUUGGUGGUAUUACCCAGAUUCAUAUGACUCAUGGCUGGACGAAGCCGACCAUGCAGAUCCUGAACCAAAUCCCAUUCAUCACGGUCCCUGGAAAGUAUCAGAACGAUGGCUUAGAGAUAGUGCUGAAUUUAAUGAAUGGAUGAACGAAGAAGACUACGAGAUAACUGAUUCAAAAUUGAAUGUUGAAGAACAAUCUGGUAUUUCAGAAUCAGAAGCUUCACCAUCACACAAACGAACCUUGGAUUCUUUAGAAUCACCUUCGAACAUGGAUGUUGAUGUUCGCCUAACAACUGAUGCCAAGCGUCCGAGAUUAAGAUCACCAGACCAUGACGCCGUGCCAGAACACCCAAAUAUGUCACUUGUAGAUAUUGAACAAGAAGCUUCACGUGUAGUAGGAAUUCGUACGAGGAAAAACGAAUUUGAUCCCGUAAUUGGUGGGGAAAUUGCAAAUAUUUCACAAUUAGUUCCACCAGAAAGAACUACCAAGGAAGAUACACAGCAGGAUCUUGAAGAUCCUGAAGCUAUAGACGAGAAUGUAGACAGAGAUAAUGUAACGUCAGACAUGGAAGGUGUUCGAAUUCCUGCAAACAAUAAUAACAUUGACGUUGAGAUGACCGAACAAGAGCAAAAUAAUAUGUCCAGUGGACGUACCGAGCAUAAAGUUUCGCCUAAUUCUGCAGCAAAAGAGUUGGACGAAGACGAAAACAUGACAACUACAGACGAUAACAGGCAGCUAGAAGAUGAUGCGAAUGAACCUUUAUCUGAUACCGUUAUCCCACAAGAGGUCCUUUCUGCCAAUGAUGAAGACGAAAAGAAAAGACUUGAAGAAGAGGCCCGUAAAUAUUUAUCAGAACAAACACAAGAAAUUGUGAUUCCUUCGGAUUUUAUAAUAAAUACUUAUCGCCUUAAUCCUGGAGAAUAUCUGACAGUCACAGCCUGUCGUAGGAAUUUGGCUGGUGAUGUGUGUGCGGUUAUUCGUUUACAUGCUUUUUUAGAACAGUGGGGUUUAAUUAAUUAUCAAGUAAUUGGGCCUUCUUUUACAGGACAUUUUCGUAUCACAGCAGAUACACCAAGAGGACUUCAACCUUUUCAACCACUUGGAGCUUCGGCUGCCUUAUCGAGUUCUGUUGCGACCACGUCUACAGUUAACACAGCAGUUGGUAUCACUACUGAAUCAUCUGCUACUGCAAAUCUAAAAGUAGAUAAAGUUUUUGGUCUUCGCCAAAAUGUCUAUCAAUCUGGAAUGAAUACAGCUGCCACUCCGGGCUCACAAGAUGAAACUGGUAGUGUUGCUGCUGAUUCAGGAUCAAAUGAACAAAAACAAUACAAUUGUGUUACAUGUGGUGUUAACUGUACUCGUGUUCGUUAUCAUAGUGUAAAGACUCAAAACUUUGAAUUAUGUCCAAAUUGUUAUUUGGAAGGACGGUACCCUACAUCAAUGUAUAGUGGUGACUUUUUGAAAAUGGAGGAAACACCGUUCAAGCAUGCACAAGAUGAUGACUGGACAGAGCAAGAAAAUUUAAGUCUUUUAGAAGGUGUAGAAUUAUAUGAAGAUGAUUGGAAUAAGAUUUCUGAACAUGUUGGCACUCGAACUCGGGAGCAAUGUAUUUUACACUUUUUGGAAUUCCCAAUUGAAGAUCCUCUUAAUGAAACUAAAAUGUCGGAUCUGGGACCACUUCAGUAUCAACGUAUACCUUUUAGUCAAGCGGAUAAUCCUGUUAUGUCAGUGGUUGCUUUCUUAGCGUCAGUAGUUAAUCCAGGCGUCGCAGCAGCAGCAGCAAAGUCUGCGUUGAAAGAACUUUCCAUUCACAACAAAAAAUCUGCAAACAAAGAAAUAAAUGGCGUCAACGGAAUAAGAUCCGGUGAUCCAAGUGAAACAGCUGCAAGUACACCAAUGAAUGAUGUUAAAAAUAAUGAUGAAAUGGAUACAGAAGGAGUAACUGAGCUGAAACCAGAUCCAGAACAGACUCCAGAAGAAGCAACGACCUCUGAUUCUACUGUUCCUCGUCCAAAACUAUUAGAAAGAGCUGGAGCAACAGCAAUGGGUGCGGCAGCUGCGAAGGCAAAAGUACUUGCAGACUAUGAAGAACGAGAAAUUCAACGCCUUGUCAACGCAGUCAUUGAAAACCAGUUGAAAAAACUUGAGCUUAAACUUCAGCAAUUUGAAGAAUUAGAAAAUGCACUUGAGAACGAAAAGAAAGAACUAGAGAAACAACGUCAAUUGCUGUACAAUGAACGUUUAGCAUUCAAAAAAAACACUAUAAUGAUGCAGGAGCAAUUAAGAAAUGCACAAGCUGGUAGUAGCGGACCAAAACCUUCAACAAGUGGGCAUGGUUAUCUAAAUUCAAGCAAUAGUCGGAUUAUAUCAAAGCUUGAAUUUCAACAGCAACAGCAAAUUCGUCAACCAGUUGGACCAUUAAGUCAAGAGCAAGGAAAUGAGGAUCCUCAAUAG